AUGAACGCGCAGCUACUGAAUCCGUUUGCGCGCGGCACGCCCGAGCGUGUCGAGGCGACACUCGACAAUGCGUUUGCAAAUUGUCUUGCGUACAAUGCGGGCAGGGGGCUGUACUGCGGGAGCUACCUCGCCGUCGGACGCACGGACGGAUUCGUGACGAUUUGGGACAUCGAGACGCGCAAUGUCCUGCGGUGGCUCGGCGGCCAUGUCAAGACGGUGACGAGCGUGAGCUGGUCUCCGCUGAGCCGGUACCUUGCGUCGUCGUCGCUCGACUGGAACGUGCGCAUCUGGGACCUCGGUGACGAGUACGGAACGUGCGUGCGCACGGUGCGCUUCGACACGCCCGUCACGCAAGUGCUCUUUGCGCCGGACUCGAGCCGCCGGAUGGUCGUCGUGCUCGAGUCGCGCGAGGCGGUGCUCGUGUCGCUGCCGGACAUACCGACGUCGAGCGAGCCGCUGCGCACGACGCUCGACACGCACGGCGACGGCGCAAUGUCGGCCUGCUUUUCGCCCUCUGGCAAGCACCUGUUGGUGGGUACCAACAAGGGCUCGGUGCAGGUGCUCGACGCCCGAACUGGCGAGGCUCUCGGCACGCCGCUCUCGAUCGGCGCCUCGUCCAUCCGGCAGCUUGCCUUUGACCCGUCCGGGCGGCACCUCAUUGCGAACCUGAACGACCGCACGCUACGCACGCUGAGCGUUGCAGACGGUGUGGACGGCGCGCCGCUCGCGCUCACCCCGCGACACAAGUUCCAGGACCUGGUCGGCCGCACGCCGUGGAGCGGCAUUGCGUUUAGCGGCGACGGGGAGUACGUCAUGGGCGGCGCCGCGCACGAUGCCGCGCACAAUAUCUAUCUGUGGGACCGAGACGCGGGCGUCUUGGUCAAGAUCCUCGAAGGGCCACGCGAGCCGCUCAUCUCGGCGCAGUGGCACCCGUCGCAGCCCCAGCUCGCGUCGAUCGCGUCGUCCGGCGACGUGUACCUCUGGUCGACCAAGUCGACCGAGAUUUGGAGCGCAUACGCGCCCGGCUUUGAGGAGCUCGAGGAGAAUGUCGAGUACGAGGAGCGCGAGGACGAGUUUGAUUUGGCACAUGAGCACGAGCUCAGCCGCAAAAAGCGCGACGAGGAGGGUGAGGCGGUCAACAUCUUUUCCACCGGCCCCGCAUCAGACGCGUGGGUGGUGCGCAGCCUGCGCCCGGUCGAGCGCCCACUGCCGCGCUCCGCGUGGGCGCCGGUGCUGAGCGGCGCGCCGCCUGCGCCGCCUGUUGACGACGACAACGAAGCCGCAUUUUUUAUCUCGCCGCUGCUUUUGGAUGCUACCGAGGUGCAACACCGUACAUAA